CGGCAUGCCAAGAGAGGGGCGCCAGUGCUUGCGCUCUCGCUGUCGCGUUUUCGGUGGGCGACGCCUUCGCCCGCGUUUUUGGGCCCGUGCACCCUUGCCACCGGGCGCAGUUUGGCGCCUCUCGCCCGUGGAGCGCCCCGCCUACGGGGGGCGGGCCCGGGUGGAUUCUCGAGGCCUGCCGGGCGUGGCCAAUUUGAUCGCGACGCAAGUCGAGAACCUCUGCGACGCGGCACGAGUGGCGCGAUGUUCGCGCCCAUAAUCUUGCACACGCCCCGCCGCCUCGGGGAAAACGUGGCGCGCGCGAGCGGUCCCGCAAAGGGCGCCCGACUUUAGUACCGCAAGGCGGCCCGCGGGGCGGCCGCGCAAAGUCUUCGCGCGUGCGCCGCGAGCCGAGCGGCCGGCGCCUGGGUUCGCUACCUUCGUCAAGGAGGCCGACGCGAAACAACUACGCACGGCGCGCGCGGGCCUUUUUAUUUUUUGCGUGUCCGCCCGUGGGGCUUCCCGGCGGGGGCAGGGCGAUGCGUGGCCACCGGCCGCAUUUGCGGGCGCGCCCGUGCUGGGCGCAGCGUGCCGCCGGGCGCCGGGGCACGUAGCUAGAGGCGCCCGCGCCUCCUCUCCCAGGCGGCCGAUUUGCUAGCUUGGGGCGGCGCUGCUGCCUGUGGAGUGUAUGUAGUUAGACGCCCCCGGGCCACGAGCGUGGUG